AAUUUGAUGACGAUGACGAUGCACAAUUGCACCAAGCCGUGCAUCUGGUAUUGAGUAUUGACGUUUGUAUCCUUGGAAAAUUAGAAAAUAUACUUAAGCCUUCGGUCCUACCUACUGACUUCUUGGCAAUCGUAUUCACGUCAACGGACUCCGUCGCGAACGGCCGAGAGAUGAGUUCGGAAUCGGAACAAUCUUCGAGUUUGGUUAUCCCUCAGAAAUCCGAUUGCAUGUACACGGCAUGCUUCUGCGAGGAAAAUAUUUGGCAAUUAGCUAAACUGAUACUAGAUUUAAACAAAUCCACGCCAAACAUGAAAUGUUACGUUAUUUUUGUGUCGAACUAUAAUAAAUGCGUACACUUGUGGAAUCAAAACAGUAGCCAUAAUGAAGGACUUGUUUUUUGGGAUUACCAUGUAUUCUUGAUUGUUCAACAUCUUGAUAAUACUUUGGUUUUUGAUAUGGACACUAGAUUGCCAUUCCCUGUUCCUUUUGCACAAUACGCUAAGGAAGCUAUUAGAGAGGAAUUUAAGGAAUCUCACUCCAAACGCUAUUUUAAAGUUGUUGAUGCUGAUGUAUUCGUGGCUCAAUUUUCAUCUGAUAGAAACCACAUGAUAGAAGAAGGCGGAUGGAUGUCACCACCACCGCCAUAUCCUCCAAUUUUAAACGAAGAUAAAGUUCACAAUUUGGAUAAUUUCAUUUCAAUGGAUCCUUCAAACGAAUUUGGACCAGUACUGAAUCUUGAAGAAUUUAAAGCUAGAUUUUCAUAAAUAUACUCAUUAUAUAAUGUGCCGUUUCAUUAAUUAAUCUCAUGUAUUUCAUAUUAAGUAUUAUAUCAUUAUUGGAUUCUACUUUCAAGUUUAAUUUAAAGAUGGCUUUAUGGCUUUUAUGCUAUUUCAACUAUAUUUUAAUUUUUUAACGAAAACAAAAUAAGUUAUUGUUAGGUUAAUUUUAAAUUGAGAUUUGUGUUUGUCUAAAUUAAAGAGUUUGAGAUUAAAAUAUACAUAGUAAAAAUA